AUUUGGAGAGUAUCACGGUACAAACAAGUCAGAUCGCGGUGUGCGGGAUCGAGGGCACGGUCGGUUGGGACGCCGCGACGCUGCAGGUGGCUUCGGGGCUGCGGCCGGAGCGGCUGGUGGCGCGCGCCUCGCUCACCUCGCUGCUCGUCUGCGCCGGCCCGGCUGGUGAUAGGAGACAUGUGCUGCUGCAGCCGUUGAUGAUGGGAGCGGAGCUCGAAGCGACUUGGGAGGCGUGGCGACGUGCAGAAGGCGGUCUCUCAGCGUGCGAGCCCACCGUGCGAGUGGGUUUGGAAUAUGACUGUGUUAUUUUUGACCUUCGACCCAGUGACCUUUCAGCGCUGAUCAGGAUGCGACAAGCGUAUGAAGAGAUAUUCAAGGAAAACUCUCAACGACCAUGCCGCGCCAUCCACCAGUUCCGAGACCAUAUACAAGGGUCGACCGCGAGCUACGCCUUCAUCAGUAUCCGAGCCGCCGGCGUCGGGCUCCGAAGACACGGCUAGCUGGGAGGUCGGCGACCACUACUAUAAGGAUGAUUUGAGGAGUGGUGCCUUCAAAAUAAUAAGUGGAGGCCAGCUGCCGAUGGCUUAUCAAGUUACGCUGUACGGAAGCUGUGUAUCCUGGAGGUAUCCGCAUCCAAGGGCCAUCACACGCGUCAUCGUGUUUCCACUGCCGGGACAGAACAAGGAGACGGAUUGUGUACUGGAAUUCUUCUCACCGAUGUUGUCGCGCUGGGAAUCACAUACCUAUUUCAAACUACCUGUAGGAGAACCGCGCGAGCUUCAGCUACAAAUAUUACCACCAGAGGCUGUAUUUGCACAGAUCUGGCGCUUUAGAGCUUGUUACGACAAUGAUCUCAAAAACCCGCCAUAUGAAUUUCAAAUUUCGAAGUUUAUGCCCAGGACUGAUCCAUUGUCUCCAGACGCGGCACCGGACCCUCCCAGUGGCCGCAGAGGCGAUUGUGGCGUGACAGCAGAACAAUUGUCGGGUGUACUCCGAGUGGACUCGUAUUUCGCACCGCGUCUCCUCCCACAAACAAGACUUGUUGUUCGGGUAGCGUUUUUAGAGGUCCACGCUCAUAAUUCUCUGCCAUGUUUGUCUAGUCAGGCGACAACGUUAGAGGGGUAUUACGUGUCGCGGCCGCUGAUGCGCAGUCAUCGCGUACUAACGCUCUUAGCGCGUGACACCACAGCACACGCGCUGCUGGGCUCGCCGGCGGGUACACUGCUACUCUUAGACACUAAGACCUCAAGCGACAUACUAGAAAGCACAUCAGGCGCAAUGGAGAGGCUGGUGGAAGAAUUCAGCGCACAAAUCGGGCUGACGAUCCCGUGCGGUAGUUUGAACAACGUACGUGCGCGAGUGUGUGCGGGCGACGUGAGGGUGUCCCUGCUUGUGCCGCGGCUAAGGACCCUCCACGCGCUUGCUGGGGACUGGAUGCCUGCUGUUGAUCAGUAUCUCCAAGACUCACCCUUAUACACCGCAAAGGAGCUGUUUAGUGAUAAGAUUAUGAGUAAGCGCGAACUGGCGGCUGCGGCGGAAGUCGCCCUGGAAGGCAGAGUUUUUCUCUGGAUACACAAUAGCUGCGCGUCUGCAUUGAGGAUCGGGCAGGAGGGAACUGAUGAAGUGGUUCCUUUGGGACCUGGAGCGAGGCUGGCUUAUCGAUGGCGAAAUCCCACAGCUGCAAAGAAAAUACGUUUUGCGUUCGCUGGGCCGACUACCGAUUGGCAUUGGUCUAAUAGUAUACCAUUCACAGCUGGUUGCGCAAGAGUCCGACUGGAGGACGCAGAGUCUCUUGGCAGCAGCAAGCUGACCCCGGGAGCUGGAGUGUUCCUACACGCGAAGGUAGAGGAAACCGGGGCGCGGCGAUGCUUACACCUGGCGGGGAGACUGGCGCUAGCCAACAUGCUGCGGUUUGACUUGCUCUACAAGGUACGAGCUAGGUGUACAGACUCUAAUCAGUGGCGCACAGUGUGCUCCGGAGAGCUAGGCUCCGAGACAGUGGGAAGGACCGUCCUAUGCGGCGCUGUAUGCGAGAUGGUCCUCAAAAUAAAAUUGAUGAGCCACGACACCGGCUGGUCCGGUGAUAUUCCAUUGAAGGAGUGCCCGAAAGAAAACGUCCCGUGGCUAGUGAAAGUGCCGAGCGAGGGCGACGUGCCGUACAUGUCUGUGUGGUGCCGCGUAGUACGCGCGCGCAGCGAUGGACGUAUUCUUGCCAUGGUGUGGCCGUUGUACGUGCUGCACUCGCAUCUGCCACUCGACACCGACGUAUUAAUAUCAACAGAGACAGGAUUGUCAUCGACGGAGCUCGGGCCGGAUCAGAGCCGUCCGCCGCCGCUUAUACAAACGACGCCGGGCCGCGGCACUAGCACACAUCUACUAGCACCAGGAACCACUGCUGCUAGACACAACUUGUCAUUCCAAUACAGAAAUAUCGAAUGUCCCGUAACCCGCGAGGUGGUGCCUCUACAUUACGGCGUGACUGACACGUCGGUAUUCGACAAGAGGGCGCCAGUAAACAGCGUUGAUGAGGUCAUCGAAGACAUUCUACGAUGGUUGAAGCGGUCUAGCAGAAGUGCCGUGUCGUCGUGGCCUUACUCGGUUGUAGCAAAACAUUGGUCGGGAACCUGGCAGCCGGCCCUGCUGCAACCCAGGUGUGAAGUUACGGUAAGGUACCAAGCGGUGCGCGCUGGUGGAGGCUGCUGCCUCGAAGUCCAGCUGUGUCCGGUGGUACUGCUCUGCAACGCGACACCCAUAGCACUCACUCUACGAGCGCACGAUGCCGCGCCGCUAUGCAAGCUGGAGCCAGGCUCGGCCAUAUCGCCACCUUCCGUUGUGCUGAAAAAACCGCUGUUCAUGUCGGUGGAGAUGGGCCGCGAGACGUUCGUGAGCGGGCAGCUAGCGGUGUCUGCGCAGGAGCCGGGCCGCUAUGGCGCGCCGCCGCCUGGACACGUUACCCUCGACCAUGCCGCCGACUUCGCUAUACAGUGCAAUCAGAAGGUGGCGCUGAUGACUAUGUACUAUGAAAUAAAGGAAGAUAUAAACGUGCUUGGCGUCAGUUCCACAUACGUACUCAUCAACAGACUCGACACUGAAAUACUGGUAUCGGCUAUGGCAGUGCCAAACGAGGCGGACGAAGUUGCUGUUCUGCGUCCCAAAACAUUUAAAGUUAUUUCACCGACUAAAGAUGGCAGCAUCCAUGGCACGUCAUUGUGUCGUUUCUGGCUGCGCGGGCGCUGGCGCGGCGGUGACCCGGCGGAGUUGCGCACGUACUUGUGCCUGGCGCUACCCGCGGGUGCGUACCCGGCGAGCGCGCCCGUGCCCGUGAGUCUCGGCACUGCGCCCGUGCGGAGAGCGCUGGCGUUGCUUGAUCACAACAAUGUCUCUGUGCCAGUUGUAGUGACACAAGUGAAGCACGAAUGCCGAUGGUUGAUAGCGGUGAACAAGGACACUUGCCCGCAGUUUGUUGUGCACAACCGUUCGCGUGGCUCUCUUGUAGUCGGGCAACCGUUACACAUAAACGAUGAACCAUCUACAUCCGCUAUUUUGGCCACAACCGAGUGUUCUGGCACGAAAUGGUGGUGUGUGGUGCAUCCGGGCGCGGUGACGCACUAUUCGAGCCCGGCGCACUGUCAGCGGUUCCCGCCGCCGUCGCACGCCGCGCCCGCCGCCACGCACGUCCCUUUUCUCACAUUCUCCAAGGCUAGGGAAAAAAGCGAUCCCGAUUGGUGCCAGCCAGUUGCGGUGACCGACGGCGAGCAAUUAGUGCAACUCAGUGGCGGAGAUACGAUUAAAAUGCGCGUGCGCACUCACCCCCACUCCACGCAUAUCGCGCUACACGACGUCGAUGAGCACGAUAUAUCUGCUAGCGACAUCCGACGGCGACUCUUUGGUGCUGUUUCUUCGGACUAUUCGAUGCAAUCAUUUUUGGAUGAUCAAACCCCACCGACGUCCAUCAACUUAGAACGAACCGGCGCUGACGAGAAACUUUUGAAGCGGUCAGUGAACAUCGAGGCAGGAGCUCACGGCGGCUCUGAGGAAUUGGCGGGACUAGCGAAGCCGGCGCGGGUCUCUCCAACUGGGACUUCGCUUGCUGGCGACUCCGAGAGCACGAAGAACGCAGAGUCCACGGUGCUGUUGUACCCAGACACUACCGAUUCGACUGUGGAUGAUGGUUUGUUCUCAGUGCUACAAGAUGAUUCCCAGGAAACUACUGCGGCUGAGCCAAAGGAUACAGAGUCGACGGAGGACAAUUCUUACGUGAUCCAUCAAGAAGUCCAUGACCCUGACUGGAAGGAGACGGGUGCGAUGUGGAGAGUGAGCGAGCGGCUGCGGUGCGUACUGACUGGCGUCAUGGUUUCCCUCGCCUCCUCUACGGAUGCUCUCCCGUUACUAGCACUUCAUGUUGACCGUGCUGCGCUGUUAGUGCUCACUGAUAACAAAAGAACGAAGACAAUAGUAUCGAUAGCAGACGUGCAAAUAGACAACAUGCAGUACGAGUCGGGGCAGUAUGACUUCCCGGUGGUGGCCAGCACUCGCGCCGAGCGGUCGGUGCGCCACCACGCACCGUCGUUGUGGACCAUGUUUGCUGAGAGAAACGCGUUCGCGACGAGGCACGCCGACGCGAGGCUGCUGCUGCGUCUGCAAUACGACAAAUGGAACGUUGUCAACUAUAGAUAUAGAGAGCUGUCGGAGAUAGAAAUUCGCGUUGGCCCAUUGGCGGUGUAUGUGGAGGACGCGUACGUGACUGCGCUAGUGGAACUGUCUCGGCUGGCGUUCCCGGCGGCUGCGGCGAGUGACGCGGCUGUCCCGCUUGCUGAAGAGCGCUCUCUCGUGUCGCCGGUGCGCAUGCGCUCGCUGCUCGUACAUCCCCUCGAUCUUACGCUCACGCUGCACACCGCUGUGCGCAUGUAUAUUGCGCUGGAUCAGAGUCCUUUACGGCUGAGCGCGUUCAAACUGCACGAUUUAAUGACUUCGACGGAGCGGUUGACGCAUGCGCUCACUGUACACUACCUAUCUGCUGCAAUACUCGGUGCUGGUUGGGUCGUGGGUGGUCUGGAGCUGCUAGGGGCGCCGGGCGCACUAGCGGCCCGCGUGGGCAGCGCGACAGGCGGCGUGCGCGGCGUCGCGUCCGCCGCCGCGGCCGCGCUGCUGCGCUCGCUGAGCGCGUGGGCCGGCUCGCUCGCCCGCAACCUGGACCUGCUGGCCGGCGACGAGGAGCACGCGAGACGAGCCGCUGCUGCCCGCAGGAGGCCCCCGCCCAGUCUAAUGGCCGGAUUGGUUGCCGGUAUCACCAACUUUGCUAUUAAUAUAUUAGGUGCAGUAGGCGGACUCGCUCAUCACCCCUUGGUAGGGGUAGCGGUAGGCGAGACUGAGAGUGGCGCCGCCGCCCUGCGCCGCGGGCUGCUCGGAGCCCUGACAAAGCCGCUGAGCGCCACUGCCGACCUGGUCGCGUACGCAGGACACGGCCUUCUCAGCCAGACUGGGUGGGAUCCUGUGCCUCAGCCUCGAUGCACGCGACCGAUCACUGAGGAGAGCUCUAGCGGCUGGCGUCGAGACUGUGUGCGCUGGACCUUCCGGCUCGCCGAGCUGACCGCGCUCGCUGGCUUCGAGGUGCUGCUCGACAAUGCGCCGCUGCAGCUACUACUUACGCAUAAGUUCCUGGUUGUUGCGGAUCCUGAAUCGGAGCGCAUUGUGGAAAUGAUAGACCUGCGCUUCUGUACACUGGGAUCGUACCAAGGGCCUGUUAUUGAGUUAUUAGUUACGCAGCGACGGCAGUCGAAAAUGGCGGAAGCGAGAGCGGUCGAUGACGACGACGAAUACCAAAUAAGUGCGGCUGCGAUGGCGCGUGUGGCGCGGUACACCGGCGCGGAGGGGUCGAGCAGCAACGCGGAGGCGCGCGUGCUCUCGCUGCUGCCGCUGCCGGGCCGCUCGCACGCGCUGCACGCCGCCCUCGCCGCCGCGCUGCAUCACAACGCGGACUCGCAUUUCGCACUACUGUAAAACCACGACUAAAUUAUAUAUAACAACUUAGUCUAUUUUCAUUAAGGUGCGCCCGGGAUGUGCACACCGAAGAGGCUAGUUAGAGGUUAUGUUUACGUUCUUGUAGAUUUCUAAGUAGACCUUCGAAUUAUUCGUGAUCAGCAGUAGCUUGCUGUGGUCUAGGGGGACAGGAAACACUUGCAUCAUAUGGACGAUUAGCUCGUCUGCCUUGCAUCGCAGAUACUAACAAAAACAUAAGGAUGUGCUCAAAACAAUAUUCAAAUACUAAAAGUGUGUUAACCAAUACAAAUAAAUCAAUACUACUGUGAUUAUCACCAAUACAAUAAAAAAAUCUAGCUGAUGAAUGUAUUAACAUGAUGUGUGUUAAUACAUUCAGAAUGGAUGUAACGGAUGUGGGAAAGUAUGGUUAUCAAUAGUGCAUUAUUUUUUUGUGUUUUACAUGAAACUAUUAAAGAUAUUUAACGACUAUUUUACCUAAAAUAUACGAGUUACCUGGAGUUAUUUUGAAUAUACCUAACCAUUCUAUAUUAUCUUAUUUCAUUUUUAAAGUGUUUAAUGCAAAUAAUAAAUGAAAAUAUCGAUUAAUCGAGCCAAAAUAAUGUUUAUAAUUGACAUUUUAAUAUAAGUCAAUUAAAUUAUAUAAUCAUAAUUAUGUUUAGCAUGUAAAGAUGAUUUACGUUAAUUAAUUUUUUUUCAGAAUCAUCUAACCGAAAAUAGAUUGAGAUAGUUCAUUUUCAAAUUUCGUCUCCUUCCUUAAUUUUACAUACCCUAAUUAGGAUCGGAUUGGAGCUUAUUCCAAUGCGGAAACUGCGCAAACGCAUAUUCAAAAAAACAAUUGGUGUAGUUUUUAAGACCAGUCAUCUGCCUGACGCCGACAACCCGGAUGUAACAGAAAAAAGGCCUUUUUGAGAACUAUCUACAUUACCCGUUUAAUAUGAUAACAGUCUUAUAAAAUUUUCUUGAAGCUUCUGAGACGGCUCUAAAUUAGCCUAAUCUUACAAAUGUGGGGCAUAAAAAUGUAGUAAGAUAGUUCGACGCGGAGAGUAUAGUAUUAUUGAACAAGUGGUAGAAUCGCUAGUGUUGUAUUAUAUUUAUUAAAUUAUGAACGAGAUCUAUUUAAAUAUUUUUUUUUAUUCAGAUUUAUAUAAUACUUACAUUAAUCGUGACAAUAUUGAUUUUCCACUUUUAUUAUUUAGUUAUAAGGGAUGAAAUUUCAAUUACGCAUAUUUUCGUGUGCCAAAAUAUGUGGUCUUCCAGAGUGCUAUUAAAAAAAAAACAAUUUUGUACGCCUUAUGUAUGGCCAAAAUAAAUUGAAAAUAUAUUAUUUUGUAUUAUUAACCAUUACUGUCAAACUUAAUAAAGUAGCACAAUAUAAACACUAAAUAAGAUGCAAUAUAUAGCAUUAUCAGCAAAUAAAAGUUCAUCAGGUAUGUAUGAUUCUCAAACACUUAUACUUUCGUUAUUAUAAUAAUAAAGUAUUUAAAUUUCAUCCCGCGUUUUUAUGCGUUUUUGGAUAUUUUUGUUAAUAAGUAUAUUAAUAAACUGCAGGGAAAUGGUACAUAUAUAAUAUAAUGGUAUAAUUCCAUGUUAACAAACGACACAAUUUUUGGCGUCACUCACAAAAUAAGAAAGAGGCGGAGACACUAAAAGAUAUGUUUUUUGUUUGCUACCCUAACCGAUGAUAUCGGACGUUUCUGGAAAUAAUCGGCUGCCUGGCAGGAGUCGCACGUAGUUAAAAAUUCUCUAAAAUUGUAUUCUUUAAUUAUUACGAAUAUAAUGAUUAAUACGGCAAAAAGUGUUUUACAAUUUAAUAAUAAAUUUUUACGUGCGUUUUAUUUGCAGUAUCGAGUCAGUAUAAAUAAUGUCAAGUUGUAUUGAAAACAACGAAUAUUUUACGUCUAAAUUCACAGCUUAGCCCUACAAUAAUGUAGGAAUUCAUUCAAAGUAGUUUAUUGUGCUACUUGUUUGGUCGUCUACUAAAGUAGAACUUGCAAAUUAAAAUUUACUUUGUAUAUGUAUUCAAAUAAUUCUGUUUAAAUUUAAUAUUCACAUGAUUUUACGUAUUAAGUACGUCUAAGUUAUUGAUUUAAGCAUUAUUUAUACCGGUUCGGAGUUAUAAUAUCCUUUCACUGGGAGAUAGAAAAUAAUGACAAAUAUUUAUUACAUUUUAACAAUAAAUAUUUGACAUUAUUUUCUACCAAAAUCAUGCGUAAACAUAUUAAAAACGUUGCUUAAAUUAAUGUGACAAUAAAACCUAUUUCAUGGUUUUCGUAAUAAACAGUAGUGUUAUAAUUACAAAUUAACUCCAUUCAAUCCGCGCAGAGGCGACAUUAUAUAUAAACGUUUUCCUUCCAGAUGGGAAAAUGUUUACAUCAAAUUAAAACAAAGUACUUAUUUAAAAAAAAUAUGUGAAAUGAUGUUAUGUUUAGUGGGUGCGGGAAAACAUUCGCAAACUAGUCAGAAUUACCAUGCGUCCUUCACAUGCAAGAACGUGCUUUAUUGUUGUAAAAGUAUAUAUAUCAACUAUUUAUACCUAUAAAGGGGUUUGUUUUUCAAAAUACCCAGGCAACAUUGCAAAAUUGAGCGGUAAAAAUCUAAGGUCCGUAUAAUAAGAGUAUGAUUAUAAUUAUAAUAGUAACCACUUUAUAAUUGAAAUGCAGCUAAUUAUUCGGUUUUCUUGACUGCUAGUUUCUAGAUACCGAGUGUACCAUAACUCUUAGUCACUUUUAAUUAUAUAAUAUAGUAUAUAUCGACGUAUAUAUCCCCACAGCUAUAACAACAUAGUCACACGCUGUACUAUAUGCCUAUAUUAUAAUCGAUGUAUAUAAUAAACCUACCAUUAUAAUAAGUACGUAACAUGCAAUUGCGUAAGUUAUUUAAAUGUCAAAGGUACAAGAAUGUUUUUAUUCCGACUUUUUAGGGUUACAAGUGUGAUAACUAAAAUAAAUUACUUAUUGUAUGUACGGUAAAUAAAAUCUCCUUUUUUAUUGUGUAUAUAGUUUUGAGGUGACGUCAAUAGUGUAAUGCCGUCUCACGUCAAUAGUGUAAUGCCGUCUCACCAUAAAAGUAAUCACAAUUAGCUUUUAAAAAUUUACAGCAAAUCAUUUACUUCAUAAUAUUUAAAAUUUUCAGAAUUAGUCUUAUCCUAAAAAAAAUAAUUCCAAUAAUCGUUAAAAGAAAACAUGAUACUUAUGUGAUAAGAUAGAUCGAUGGUAUAACCGGAAUGAAAUUAAAUUCUGAAGACUGAAGCAAGCUAUAGAAAUGUAUGCCACACUUUCAGAAAUGGCAACUUCUACUUGUAAUUUAUUUUGUAAACAUUUUGCUGUUUGAAAAAUAAAGACAUUUAAUGUUUGUGAUAUACCUAUUUCUAGAAAAUUAGAUAUCAUUUCUAGUUAUUAAAAUAUACCAAGAAUUGUAUGAAUUCAGAAUUAGUUAUGCGAUUUAUUAUAAAAAUAAAUAAAAUGACGAAA